CAAACAUAUCCCCACUUUUGUUCUCAUUCUCAUAUUCCCCUCUUUUUCUCUCUCCCACCUUUUUCCUCCAAAACUCUCUGAAUUCCAUUUUUUUUAUAAUUUAAUUUCUUUAAGGAGAGAGAAAACAAUCAAAUUAUAAAACAAGAAUGGAAGAGACAAAGCCGUCAAAAUUCAAGCGGGUUUGUGUGUUUUGUGGAAGCAGUUCUGGCAAGAAAUUAAGCUACCAAGAUGCUGCUGUUGAGCUUGGCAAACAACUGGUGGAGAGAAGGAUUGAUUUGGUGUAUGGAGGUGGCAGCGUGGGUUUGAUGGGUCUUGUUUCUCAGGCAGCUCAUGAUGGUGGGCGCCAUGUUCUAGGGGUCAUUCCAAAGAGCCUUGUUUCAAAAGAGAUAACUGGUGAAACAGUUGGGGAAGUGAAGACUGUAUCAAACAUGCACCAGAGAAAGGCUGAAAUGGCCAAAGAAGCUGAUGCAUUCAUUGCAUUACCUGGUGGAUAUGGCACUCUUGAAGAACUUCUGGAAGUCAUCACUUACGCUCAGCUUGGAAUACACCGAAAACCUGUGGGGCUGUUGAAUGUGGAUGGGUACUACAAUUGCUUAUUGUCUUUUAUCGAUAAGGCCGUUGAUGAAGGCUUUAUCUCUCCAACUUCUCGUGGGAUCAUUGUGUCAGCCCCAACAGCAAAAGAAUUGUUUAGAAAGCUUGAGGAAUAUGUCCCCGAGAUCGAUGAAUUGUCGUCUAAGUUGAUAUGGGAGGAAGUGGAGAGGCCUACUUAUGUCUCUGAAUCGGCCGUCACGACAUAACCGUGCUCAUGUGUGCUGUUGCUGCUGCUGCUGCUGCUGGUUGAAAGCGAAAAUGCAGGUUUUUGGAAUUUUGGGAAGAAGGAGGGGGGGCCUUAAGCACACAAAAGUACAGUGAUAUGUGAUGCUCAAAUUGCUGAUAUAUUGGGGUAAUGUUUAGUAUAGGAAGGAAAAUGGCCUUUGCUUUUUUUGGUACUUUGACAAAAACAAAACAACAACAAAAAUUGACCGCCCUAUGUUGGUUGUAUACAUGACCCAAAAGUUAAUGGUUUUAGCAAAGAAUUAACCACGAAAAUUAGUCCAUAAUCUUUGUUUCUCGGUCCAUUUCUGGCUGUACAAAAUUUUAAUUUGCAUUAGCCAACUAUUUUGCCACUCUUUAAUGCUUCUAUCAAGUGAUGUUGUAGACUGAUCAAAUGUAAAAUUGUGGCAAACUUUUGUUGUAAGUCUAGGAUUACUCUUGACAAUCUCAGCUUCAAUUAUAUUGUA